UGAUGAAUGUUAUUCAGCGUUUGGAUGAUUAAGUAAAAUCGCAACUGUAGUUUCUCUUCGCGUGUUUUUUCAUCGCCAGAUUCUAUCUUGUAUGAAGCCUGACAGAGUUGGCAUCGUCCCCUUUUUUGAAUUUCGUGUUUUUUUCCCUUGCCCUUUGAACGUUCCAUGGUGCCUUGCGUCAGUUUGUAACGAAUUUGGUUCGACAGCACAGUUUAGGCGCCAUUUACAAGUGAGGGUUUUCAAGUAGGAGAACGACUCGAAAUGUUACGGGGUUGAAGUUUGUGAACUUUAUUCACCAAAGUUUGGAUUAACGAAGACCUUUUUUAAAAAUCGUGAUAUACCGGAGAAAACGGACUCAUCACCAAUCGUGUGGAUAUUGUGGAAGACUUCAAAUCAUGCCAUCUAAAACUGCAAAGAGCUCAACUGCUUCCACCAAGCCAAGAGGGAAAGGGUCGCAGCCCCGGGAUGACUCCGAGGACGAGCUGGAUGUACCCUCUAAAGAAACCAACUUCAAUGGCCAAGAGGAGGCACCGCCGACAACUGAUCCGUCUCACGGUGAGGGUGCCGAGGCGGUUGAUAAUCGGAGUUUGGAGGAGAUUCUCGGUAGCAUCCCUCCACCCCCGCCCCCAGCAAUGACCAAUGAACCGGGCGCUCCUCGCUUGAUGAUAACACAUUUAGUAAAUCGGAACUUUAAGUCUUACGCAGGCGAGCAGAUUCUGGGGCCUUUCCACAAGCGCUUUUCCUGCAUCAUUGGUCCAAAUGGCAGUGGGAAAUCCAAUGUGAUAGAUUCAAUGCUCUUUGUAUUUGGAUACAGAGCCCAAAAGAUCAGAUCAAAAAAGCUCUCUGUGCUGAUUCACAGCUCAGAUAAACACAAAGAUGUGCAAAGCUGCACUGUGGAGGUGCAUUUUCAAAAGAUUAUUGAUAAGGAAGGAGAUGACUACGAAGUCAUCCCCAACAGCAAGUUCUAUGUUUCCAGGACUGCCAACAAAGACAACUCCUCAGCCUACCAUAUCAAUGGCAAGAAAGCAACAUUCAAAGAUGUGGGGGCUCUACUCCGAAGCCAUGGUAUUGACCUAGACCACAACAGAUUCCUGAUCUUACAGGGUGAGGUGGAGCAGAUAGCCAUGAUGAAGCCUAAAGGUCAGACAGAGCAUGACGAGGGCAUGCUGGAGUACCUGGAGGACAUUAUUGGCUCUUGCCGCCUAAAGGAGCCCAUCAAUACCCUGGCUCGCCGUGUUGAACUGCUCAAUGAGCAGAGGGGUGAAAAGCUGAACAGAGUGAAACUAGUGGAAAAGGAGAAGAAUGCUUUGGAGGGGGAAAAGAACAAUGCUGUUGAGUUCCUUACCCUGGAGAAUGACAUCUUCAAACACAAGAGCCAGUUAUGCCAGUAUUACGUGCAUGAUCUGCAGAAGCGUGUGGUGGAUAAAGAGGAGGAGAAGCAGAGGAUCUUGGAGGAUACCGUGGAACUCACAGAGAAAAAUGCAAAGAUUGCAGAGGAGAUGGAGAAAAUGAACCAAGAGCUCAAAAAUGUGGAGAAGAAACAGAACAAGCUGACCAAGUACAUUGAGGCCCAGAAAGAGAAGUUCACCCAGCUGGACCUGCAGGACGUGGAAGUGCGUGAGAAGCUCAAACACUGUAAGAGCAAGACCAAGAAACUGCAGAAGCAGCUGGAGAAGGACAAAGAGAAGCUGGAAGAGGUGCGCAAUGUGCCAGCCAGCAGUGAAAAGGCCAUCUCUGAGGCAACAGCUCGCAAGGAAGGGCUGGAGAGACAGAAGGUAAAAGAGGAAGAAAAACUUAAAGAAGUGAUGGAGAGUCUGAAGGAAGAGACCAGUGGCUUACAACAGGAUAAAGAGACCAAGGAGAAAGAGCUGAUGGAGCUGAGUAAGGCGGUGAAUGACACUCGUUCACGUAUGGACCUGGCUCAAUCAGAGCUGGAUAUCUACCUGAGCCGCCACAACACCGCUCUGACCCAGCUAAACACAGCCAAGCAGACACUUCAGACAACCUCUGACACCCUGCAAGAGCGGCGUGCUGCCAUCAAAGACCUGCAAGUCAAGAUACCACAGUGUGAAAAGGAGCUCAAGAAGGAUGAGGCAGAACUGGAGCAGCUGAUGAAGGUGGAUACUGAGACCAGGGAAGUGGUGAGGGACAUGAGGCAGAAGGUGGAAGAAGCCAAGAGCUCUCUGUCCUCCAACCAUAGUCGAGGCAAGGUCCUGGAUGCCCUCAUGCAGCAAAAGAAGAGUGGCAAAAUCCCUGGCAUCCUUGGAAGACUGGGGGACCUAGGAGCCAUAGAUGAGAAGUAUGAUGUGGCCAUUUCUUCCAGUUGUGGUGCUUUGGACAACAUUCUGGUGGAUACUAUUGACACGGCUCAGAAAUGUGUGACCUUUCUUAAAGCACAGAACAUUGGUGUUGCUACCUUUAUUGGUCUUGAUAAGAUGAAGGUGUGGGAGAAGAACAUGGCUCCCAUUCCCACUCCAGAGAACAGCCCUCGUCUGUUUGACAUGGUGCGAGUGAAAGAUGAGAGUGUGCGGCCAGCUUUCUACUUUGCCCUGCGGGACACGCUGGUGGCCCAGGACAUGGAGCAGGCCACACGGCUCGCUUUCCAGAAGGACAAGCGCUGGAGAGUUGUCACCCUGCAGGGACAGAUCAUUGAGAUGGCUGGCACCAUGACUGGUGGAGGAAGAAUAAUGAAAGGCAGGAUGGGCUCUUCCAUUGGCACUGAGGUUUCCCAGGGGGAGCUUGACCGUAUGGAGAGCAAGCUGAAUGAAAAGGUGUUGAAGCUGCAGGGCUGCCAGGAAAGAAAGCUGCAGCUGGAAGAGAACAUCCAGCGCCUCCGACCACAGCUCCGGGACAUGAAGAACACCCUGGAAAAGUACACCAAUAGCAUGACUAGUCUAGCUGAGCAGGAGGCUCACCUUAGACCUCAGAUCAAGGGGCUUGAGGCCAACGUGCUGGCUGCUGCUCCAGACAAGGCCAAACAGAAACAGAUGGAGAAGAGCCUGGAGGCCUUCAAGAAAGACUAUCAGGCAGCAUCCAAUAAGGCAGGGAAGGUGGAGGCUGAGGUGACAAGGCUCCACAACCUGAUUGUGGACAUCAAUAGCCACAAGCUGAAGGCUCAGCAGGACAAGCUAGACAAAGUCAACAAGGAACUGGAUGACUGCUCCUCCGCCAUCACCAAGGCCCAGGUGGCCAUAAAGACUGCUGGACGCAACCUGAAGAAGUGUGAGGAGACUGUAAGUCGUGUGCAGGGUGAGCUGGAGGAGAAUGAGAAGUCCAUGGCUGAGUUAACAGAACAGCUGAAGAAACUUGAAGACGAGGCUGGGGAGAUCAUGAAGGCCUGUCAGGAGGCUGAGGCAGCGUUACCUGAGGUGCAGGAGCAGUACCAGGGGGUGGUGAAGGAGAUAAAAGCUCUGCAGCAGCAGGAACACGCACUGCAAGAGGAGUCCCUCAGCGUACGCCUCCGCAUUGAACAGAUAGACACAACCAUCAGUGAGCACAACAGCAAGAUCAAACACUGGCAGAAAGAGGCCAGCAAACUGUCCCUUCAUGCUAUUGACAACAAACCAGCCGAGGAACUUCCUGUGCUCACACCUGCUGACCUUGAAGAAAUCACAGAUCCCAAUGUCAUUACCAAAAAGAUCUCUCUGCUUGAGGCCCGCUGUGCUCAGAUGAAGCCUAACCUGGGGGCCAUUGCUGAGUACAAGAAAAAGGAGGAGCUGUACCUGCAGCGCGUGGCCCAGCUGGAUGAGAUCACUACAGAGAGGGACAACUUCAAACGUGGCUACGAGGACCUGCGCAAACAGCGCCUCAAUGAGUUCAUGACUGGAUUCAAUAUGAUCACCAACAAGCUGAAGGAAAACUACCAGAUGCUCACCCUUGGAGGCGAUGCAGAACUGGAGCUUGUGGACAGUUUGGACCCUUUCUCUGAGGGCAUCAUGUUCAGUGUGCGUCCUCCUAAGAAGAGCUGGAAGAAGAUCUUUAACCUCUCUGGAGGAGAGAAGACCCUCAGCUCCUUGGCACUGGUGUUUGCCCUGCACCACUUCAAGCCCACUCCAUUGUAUUUCAUGGAUGAGAUAGAUGCUGCUCUGGACUUCAAGAAUGUCUCCAUUGUGGCCUGUUACAUUUAUGAACAAACCAAGAAUGCUCAGUUCAUUAUCAUCUCCUUGAGGAACAACAUGUUUGAGAUUGCUGAUCGUCUCAUUGGCAUCUACAAGACACACAACACCACCAAGAGUGUGGGAAUCAAUCCAAAGACCAUCGUUUUCAAGGAGCAUGAUGCCAUCACUGCUUAA